GUUUCGCUUCCCACCAGAUCAGCCUGGAGUAAGGAGGAUGCGAAACACGCCCCUCCCGCCAGGAAUCGCGAGCCUCCGGAUUUCAUAGACCUUCCUCCGCCGGUAUCUCAAAGAAGAUGAAUUUGGCUGAGAUUUGUGAUAAUGCUAAAAAAGGAAGGGAAUAUGCUCUUCUUGGGAACUAUGACUCUUCAAUGGUUUACUAUCAAGGUGUCAUCCAGCAAAUUCAAAGGCACUGUCAGUCAAUCAGAGAUCCAGCACUUAAGGGCAAGUGGCAACAGGUUCGGCAAGAACUCUUGGAAGAAUAUGAGCAAGUAAAGAGCAUUGUCAACACUUUAGAGAGCUUUAAAAUAGACAAACCUACUGAUAUUCCUGUAUCUUAUCAAGAUGAACACUUUAGAGAUCCCACUGUUUGGCCACCUCCUGUUCCAGCUGAGCACAGAGCCCCACCUCAGAUAAAACGACCCAAUCGAGAAGUGAAACCCCUGAGGAGAGAAUCACCAGGGUUGCAGCGGGGACCUGUAGGCAGAGCUCAGCCAAUUUCAAAAAAUGAAAAACCUGCCAGCAGCCGAGAAAGGGAAGCUCGAGCAAAAGGAAAAGAUGAAAAGGGAAAGAAGAUCCCCCAGGAUGGUGCUGGUGACGGUGAAAUUCAGAAAUUUGAUGGAGCAGGAUAUGACAAAGAUCUGGUUGAAGCUCUUGAAAGAGACAUCGUGUCAAGGAAUCUAAGUAUUCAUUGGGAUGAUAUAGCCGAUUUGGAAGAAGCCAAAAAAUUAUUAAGGGAAGCAGUUGUUCUUCCAAUGUGGAUGCCGGAUUUUUUCAAAGGGAUCAGGCGACCUUGGAAGGGAGUGCUCAUGGUUGGCCCUCCUGGGACAGGUAAAACCAUGCUAGCAAAGGCGGUUGCUACAGAAUGUGGAACAACCUUCUUCAAUGUAUCUUCCUCCACUCUGACGUCGAAGUACCGAGGCGAGUCUGAAAAGUUAGUCCGCUUGUUGUUUGAAAUGGCCAGGUUUUAUGCGCCGACAACCAUUUUUAUUGACGAAAUAGACUCUAUCUGUAGCCGCAGAGGCACUUCCGAUGAACACGAGGCGAGCCGCCGAGUCAAGUCUGAGCUGCUUGUUCAGAUGGAUGGAGUAGGUGGCGCUCUAGAGAAUGACGACCCUUCACGAAUGGUGAUGGUGCUGGCUGCUACAAAUUUUCCAUGGGACAUUGACGAGGCUUUGAGGAGGAGGCUGGAGAAAAGGAUUUAUAUACCAUUGCCAACAGCAAAAGGCAGAGCAGAGCUGCUUAAGAUUAAUCUUCGGGAAGUAGAACUGGAUCCUGACAUCAGCCUGGAAGAAAUCGCUGAGAAGAUAGAAGGCUACUCUGGCGCUGAUAUCACUAAUGUUUGCAGGGAUGCCUCUUUGAUGGCAAUGAGGCGGCGCAUUAAUGGCUUAUCGCCAGAAGAGAUCCGUGCACUAUCUAAAGAAGAGCUGCAGAUGCCUGUUACCAAGGGAGACUUUGACUUGGCCCUGAAGAAAAUCUCCAAGUCCGUUUCAGCUGCAGACCUGGAGAAAUAUGAGAAGUGGAUGUCGGAAUUUGGUUCUGCUUAACCUCAGAGACUUCUCUUCAUGAGAGAUUUUAGCUUUUCAAUUACAAAAUGUUACAAGGACUUAGAAAUCUUUUAAGGCUUGAAUUUUUUUUGCUAUGGACAAGACUAAUUUUAAACUUUUUUUUUUGCACUUUAAAGGGAACAAAAUAAAAUAUUAACACUAUGAGAUCAUGAUAUUUCAUGGAUGAAUACUAAAAACUAAACAUAGCAAGAGAAAUCCCGUGCAGUUUUGGUUGUCUGCACUUUAGCAGUGAAUGUUAGUCCUAGUCUUUCAUAGUUUUUAUCUGCCAGUCAUAUAUGGGAUUGUGCAGGGAAAAGGCAACAAAAUUGAUUGUGUUAUACCUUUGGUCUUAGGCCAUAUUUUAUGUCUAGUUAGAUCCCAACCUCCUCGAAUGUAGGACUGAAGUUUUCAUUCUUUGCUUCUGCCUCUCCCUCUUAUAGAGAGCUCAUCAGUAUGAUACAGGAUGAAAAUGCUCAGGUUCACUUUACACUGCAGUCAUGUUGCCAUGACUACACUGAUAUUUGCUGGAAUAUUGAUAAUCACAAAAAGUGUGAAA